AUGUCAUCUGCUCUGGAUUUUUUAAAAUCCGCUACAAUCGAACUCACACUUCUUUCAAACACACUUCGUCGUGGAGACGAUUUCAGCACCGUCAUUACUCCAGAUACCUUUUUCAAAGAAUGCAUGAAGCCAUUGAAUAGCUUGGGCUCAGCCUUAUUAAAGCUUGACAAAGAACGCUCAUAUGAAAGAAUGAACUUGCUCAAUAAAAGCGGAACUGAUGUUGAAAAUUUAUUUGACAUUGUCUUUAAACUUGUUGCUGGCGCACCAGAUAAAUCGUUCCCUAAAAAUGACGUGCAUUUACGCAUGGCCCAAAUCCGUGCUGCCUAUGAGUACGCUGCAUCUUCAGAAAUUAUUUUGGAAUCAGUUCUUCGCUGGAUCCCCCUCUUAACAACAAUCUCCAGUUGUCUCGUCGAUCUUUCUUACGAUUACUACAAGGGCUCACGGCCAGUGAGCAGUGAGGCCAAUAAAGCACUGCCCAAAUCCAUACUCAUGGUAAAACACGCUGAAGAAAUGAGAAUUCUCAAAACAAAUUAUGGGCAUUCACUCAAAUUACUUUCUUCCACGAUUUCUGAAAUGGAAGAUAAACUUAAGAACCUUGAACAGUUUAAAGGUAGACUUAUUAGAGACCUUGGCCGCUACCCUAAAAUGUUUAACGAGCUCACAACAUCAAACACUCUUCUAUCUAAUGAACGGGAUAUGCUCGAACUGAAAUAUGCACAACUUUUCGCCUUUGUCACUAACGAAAACAGAAUCUCUUCAGCUGGUCUUGAUCCAAGCUUUAAACCUAAAGCACCAUUAGCCACUGGUGACUAUGCAGAGUUUGCAAAAACUUGCGAACGCGAUGAAGAACUGGCAAAUUUGACUCCACUCGCUUUCCAAAACAUUACCAUGAAAAAUAAAUCAACAAGUUCAAAAUAUAAAGAAGUUCCUAAAAAACCGGCUCCAAUUAAUAUGCCAUUAAAAAAUACCCCUAGUAAUAAGAUUCCUGAGAAAAAUGGGACGCAAGAAAAGAACGAAACUAAUCCUAAGGUCAAUUCUAAAUCAAAGUCUACUUCUGCUACUUCUACUGCUACUGCUACUGCUACUGCUACUGCUACUACUACUACUACAGCUGCGAAAAAUAGCGGACUUAAGGAAAAUCCGAAUACCAAAACAAUGCGUCAAGAAGAAUCCUCGCAAUCAAGUAAUAGCAGUAUACCCAAAUCAGAAUCUCCAAGUUCUGCAUCACGACCUUUAUCGCAGCAACAGUCCCGUGCCCGAUCGCCAGAAGAUGAAAUUGACGAACAUGAUGCUACCCGUACAGCGAGUCCACAACCAGCAUCCAAGUCAGCCGUGGUUCUUCCAUGGCACGGAGUGGAAGAGUCCAAGCUUGUGGGCAAGAAUGAUUUAGGGCGGCCAAAGAAUUACACUCAUCAACGGACCCUAGACCACGCAGACCCAGAGGCUCCUAAAACAUCAUCAUUUUUGUCGUCAACUCGAGAAGGUCCUGGGUCAGCAGCAGUUGCUGCAGCCGGAGCAGAUGCAGCAGGUGACGCUCAACUGGCACACGAUGUGCGAGAGGUGUUAGCACAGCAUAGUGAGCACAUGGCGCGGCCACGUAAACGUCUGGUGGAACGAAUGAUCCCUGAGCUAGGAGAUUAUAGCACAAAAGCAUUACACAAGGCAGAGGCCAAGGCUGGUACACAGUUUAUGUCAAUGGCAGUGCCUGCCUCUAUGACACAACCAGGGACUCCGUUAGACACAAUCAAGGCCGCUGAAGAUUUGGCUACAGACAGUGUGGACCCGUACUAUACACAUGCAUGGAACACUCAAGAUGUAUCGUGCCAGGAGCAGAUGCGCCGAGGGUUCCAGGUCCCUGAAGAUGCAAGAUAUCCUGCAGAGACGUUUGCACAUAUGCUUGGGUUUGAUCCCACCGGGCUCGGGUUUGCCGAGAUUUUGGAUGAGUUUGGGACAACCCGUGGCCUAUGUGACGAGGCUGAUUGUCCUAUCCAUGAGCCUCACAAGACUCACGUUGGCAAGUCGUCUGGUGUACCCAAUCCUAUCCAUGGUGUGUGGACUGAUAUGGUAAAGCAGGCAAAUGAGCUGUCACGUAUCGAACGUCGAGAUGAUAACGUGCCCAUGGGCAGUGUUCCAGAGGUACGUACACGGCGGGUGCCUAUUGCUGCACAGCGGCUUAAUGGUAAGCCCGUCUUUGGACCAGAAGUGCCUGCAAGUAUGCUUGAGUAA